GUGUCUUGACCCACAGCUUAUUAGCAAUACAGACUAGUUAGAAUCAACAUGAAGCUCUUAGUUUUUACUAUUAUUUUUGGAUUAUUUUGUCACGGUACUAUGGCAUGGGUGGGGAUAAUUUUGAGAAACGAUACAGAAAGGGCACCCCAUAAAAUACCAGAUAACCGUUGCUUCAGUUUGUACCAGGACAUCGGAGAGCUGGCGUUUGGUGAAAGCAAAAAACUGUCAGGAAGCUGCGCCAUAGCAACCUGUCAACCAAAUUUGGACCUAGCCCUGGAAGGGUGCUCUACAGUAGCAGUAGACGGGGAAUGUCAAAUUCUAGAUGGAGAUAUCAAUGAUCCGUUUCCAGAUUGCUGUUACAAGAUAGUUUGCAAAGAAUCAAUUUUGAACAAAAUAUAAUUUAUUGUAUAUUCAUUUAACAAGUAUUAUUAAAGAUUAUUUUAAAUAGUUUUUGGUUAAUGACAGUGCCAAGUAGUAGUUAACAAAUCUUGUUUUCGAUUAUUCCAGUAAACAAAUAAUUUGAAAUAAACAACUCUUUUCUA